AUGUAUAGCAGGGCUAUAUAUGACAUAGAUCUCAUUGGAGACUUUAUCCACGAAAGACAUCUUCAACAGGUGGAAGGAGCAACAAAACGACACGAAGAAACAGAAAACGAAAAAAAUGUGACGGUCAACACCUUCAAUUUCAAAAGAGUACAACGUUUGAAGUAUCUGGAGACCGUAAUCUCAGCUGAGAACGAUAGUACUGAAGAAAUAAAAGACAGAAUCCAGUCUGCAAACCGCUAUCUAUUCGCACUGGAUAAGCUCAUAAAAUCAAAAAAUCCUAAAAGAAGUUCAAAGAUCAAAAUCUAUAAAUCCAUCGUCAGACCUAAUGUCCUUAGAGUAAGAAGAAAUUCUUACAACAAAGGCGGCGGCUAUGGUCCCGGAGGCGGUGGCGGUGGCGCCGGAGGUGGCGGCGGAUGGGGUGGAGGAGGAGGAGGUGGUAAAGGUGGCGGAGGUGGUUCAGGAUGGGGCGGCGGCGGCGGUCAAGGAGGCGGAGGCGGUAAAGGAGGCGGUGGAGGAUGGGGUGGCGGCGGUGGAGCUGGAUGGGGCGGUGGAGGUGGACAAGGAGGUGGAGCCGGAGGUGGCGGUGGAUGGGGUGGCGGAGGCGGACAAGGAGGAGGCGGUCACAAUGGUGGAGGUGGUCAUAACGGAGGCGGCGGAUAUAACGGAGGUGGAGGACACAACGGAGGUGGAGGACACCACGGAGGUGGUGGUGGUGGUCACCAUGGAGGCGGUUAUGGCAGUUCUGGUGGUUUUGCAUCUGCUUCAUCAUCGGCUAAAGCCGGAGCUUAUGGAAAAUGAGAAGCGACGAUUACCUUGGAUAGCGAUGAGGAAUAAGAAAAGACGAAUAUAUUGUGAUUUUAUUUUUGUAAAAAUUUUGUGUGUGUUUUGCCUUUAAUAAAAAAUUGAUUACAUAUCUAGGGUAUUAUAUUUUCCUAAACUAUAGAUAAUUUCAAAUGCUUC